UUGACCCAUUUUUCAUUCAAUAUCCAUUUCAUCUUUGCUGGAAGUUAUUUUAUCUCUGGCCUCUAUCAGUCAGUGACUUUUAUAGGGUACGUAUUCGACUGUUUGGAUAACUGCGAGUGUGAUACCGACGACGAAGUGGUUCAUUGUCAUAAUGGAGAACGAACUAAGUUGACCUUACCCGAAGGUCAGCGUCUUCGCGGCUUCCCAGUCAUUGGAAUGACCUACAAUAACAUCGUCAACCUUCCCGAUGAGAGAUUACUUCUGAACAAAUUCCCGGAUCUGAAGGUGAUCGACGUUGAGCGGAAUCCCAACUUCAACUGCAGUUCUUUGAGCCAGUAUGAUCAAAUCAAGAUUGUUUCCGAUUGCAAUAAGAACAUCUCAGAAAUCAGUCGUGUACCAAGGAUAUUCCGGCCGACUCGGGAUUGCGACAUUGCCUGCCAAGCUGAAAAGCACUAUAAAGCUCUCCACAAAUACGUCCUUGAUCUUUGGAAGAUCCUUAAGCAGAAAUACGAGAAUUUCAAUUUGGAUGACACUCUUCGUGAACUACAAGAGUUCUUCACAAUGGUGGCGAAUCGCGUGAAUCAAAUGGGCACCAAAAUCCAAGUGACUUUGAAGGAGAAACUAGCAGAUGAGUCGCACGAGCAGGAGCAGCAGCAGCAGGAAGACCCGCACCUUACUCCGAUGACGGAGUUGAAAGAAAUUAAUACCGACUAA